AUGAUGAGUGAAAACAGCUCCCCGGACUACAAGGCGCUUUUCCUCAAGGAAGCCGCGCUGAGACGGCAGGCAGAGGAACGGGAGAGGCAAGAGAGGGAGCGCACCCGACCGACAACCUUCCCAGAGUUCAUCCGACAUUGCCACGAUCUCCUUUGGAGGCCACUCCGAGCCCAAACACCGUCUCGCUCCACCACAGGCAAAAUUCCCGCUCCUAUCGGAAAACGAUGUCCUAUACGGCUGGUACCAUGGACUGACUGUGAGGAUAUACAGCGGGAAAUUUACGAAUCUGUCUGCCGCUACCUGCAGCCGACCGAAGGGGAUGCACGACAGUUAUUUACGUCACUGGUUGCGUUGGAAGACCACGGCCGACGAUUUGCACGCCGGCCCGUUAGCAGCGAACAGGACCUCGAGACCUACGAACGACUCGCCGUUGAAGACCAUGUGCACGAUAUCGUCGCUGAGUUGUGCAAAAUACCAGAGGCUCGCGAGGAGUUCCGGUUAGGCGAUGGGUUAUGGUUCGAUAAUCAUCCAAAUGCUCUGGACGAAGAUGAAGAAGUCGAUGCUAGCCAACCAUCGACCACGAGGCCUUCGAGACCGGAUCAAUUCUGCAUCUAUUAUGCGGACGGUAACCGACGUACCUUGCUCACCACGGUCGAGUACAAGCCCCCCCACAAACUCUCCGCUGCGAACCUACGGUUGGGACUCCGACCGAUGGAUUUUUGGCGAGAAGUGGUCCAACCUGAUCUUGUUCCGGCGGAGGAGCCAGAGAAAUCAAGAUAUCACGCCGAACGGCUCGUCGGAUCAGUCAUCGUCCAAGAAUUUCACGUGAUGAUUCAAGAGGGUCUGGAGUAUUCAUAUUUGACGAACGGCUUGAUGGACGUGCAGCUCUGGGUGCCUUACGACGACCCGGCGACCCUUUAUUACCACCUGGGGGAUCCGGGUAUGUACGGGACGGCCGGUAGUGCAGGGCCUGGAAUUCCCAGGACUCGAAUUGAGAGGACCCUGUGCCUCUGUUUGAUGAGUUUUCGUGCUCCUCUUCGUGACCAGGCAUGGCGGAAUGCUGUCAAACCCACACUACCGAUAUGGCAAACGAGUUAUGAUAGCGAUCGCGCCCAGAUCGUAGUAGUGGAAUUACCGCGGGACCUGGACGAUGCUAACUCCGAAUCCACUAGUCCUGAGCAGUCCACCUCUGAGUACCUCACGUCCUCGUCUCCCAUCACCAGCGGCCCUCGGGUGACCACCCGAGCAGCCGCUAGCUGCGCGCCACUAUCCGGUCCGUAUCACCACGAGAGUUCUUCGGAUUCCGAGGCCGACCCGACCGCAUCUGCAGGACGGAAGCGCGGGUUCAGCCAGGUCACUUCGUCCCCUCCAACCCAACGGUCUGCACCGCGAGCAGAUCGCCAAGGGAACCAAAGCGGGCAAUCUUGCUCCCAUGAUGCUCCAUAUUGCACACAGAAGUGUCUUCUCGGGUUACAGCAAGGCGGCACGCUUGACCCUACGUGCCCCAACACGGAGCUCCAUAUGCUUGGGGGAAGGGCAAACUGCCAUCCGAUUGGUGCAGCUGACUUAGUGAAGAAGCUCAAGGCGCAGCUCGAUCAGGAUCUGGAUCAUAACUGCACUCCUAUCGGCUCAUGUGGGUCCUCCGGUGCACCAUUCAAAAUCACGUGUGCCACCUUUGGAUAUACUAUUGUGGGGAAGGGGACUACAUCGAGACUCUGGGGGGAGGUCUCGCGUGAAGCAGACGUCUACCGGGUUCUCCAGCGUGCGCAAGGAUCGGCUGUUCCCGUCUUCCUCGGGGCGAUCAAUUUAGGCCAAACCUACUUCCUCCAUGGCGCGGGAAGGAUCCGUCAUAUGCUUCUGAUGGGCUGGGGUGGUGAGAGCGUGGGCCAUGAUCCUCUGGACAAGGCCAUCCAACGAGCGAUUUAUCGGUCGGUGAAGGAGAUCCGCUCUUUCGGCGUUGUUCAUCAGGAUCUUCGUCCGGAUAACAUCUUGUGGAAUCCUGAGCUCGAGCGAGCCCUCAUCAUUGACUUCCAUCGGUGCACCUUGGACUGUCGAUCGCUGCACAAACGGUCAGGUGCUCUCAAACGAUUACGGCGUGGUCCUGAUGAACGUCACUCGAAGCGGGUGCGUGUGGUGUAA